CCCUGUUGUUUGUUCUUUUCUGUGCUUUCUGUUCCUCUGUCUGCACGCCUGCAAUGACCUCUCGCUAUGACCUCGGAACGCUGACCGCCGGCGCCAACCUGGACGGCGCGCGUGCGUCGACUGGGCCUCCUGCGAGCUCCAGCAGCAUGGCAUCACAGAAUGCUUCGACAAGUGCAGCAGCAGCAGCAGCAGGACCGCGCCCAGGAAGCCGCGGCUUCGGUGGCACGCCAGCAAAUGUUUCACGCAACACCGUUUCGACCUCAACUGGCGCCGCGGCGCGCCAUGGCAAGACGCCGGGCACACAUGCGCUCACUACCGGCACAUCAACCAUCUCAUCUGGGUCUCCCUCAGCGAUUGUCGCGAUCGUGGAGAGCCGUGCGCUUGGCGGCGAGAUAGGAAUGGCCUGCAUCGAUUUGAAACGGCCAGUUCUGACCCUCUCACAGUUUGCAGACAAUGCCACGUACUCGAAAGUGCUCGCCAAGUUGCAACUGUACCAGCCUAUCGAGAUCAUCAUGCCAAACACUGCUUUUGACAACAAUCAGGCCCUCAAGCUCUACAACGUCAUCAACGAAAAGUUUCCUCUGAGCAAUCUCGUUACAGUGCAGAGAAAGUACUUUAACGAGACGAAAGGAUUGCAAUACAUCCGCAACCUUGUUCUCAAAGACAACAGCAGCAGCAUUGAGAUUGAAGUGGCAGGCAAGUACUACAGCUUGGCCACAGCCGCAGCUCUGCUCAAGUACUUGGAGUUUAUCCAAAACACCGUGUACGCCCCGCACUCGCUGGAUGUCGUCAUGCGCGGAAGCGAGCAGUCCAUGAUGAUUGAUCUGACCACCUGCAAGCAUCUGGAGCUUCUGGCAAACGCUCGCGACCCAUCGAGCAAAGCCUCGCUGUACGGUGUUCUCAACCACUGCUACACGAUUCCAGGAGCCCGGCUCCUUCGUUCCAACAUUCUUCAGCCGCCCACAGACUUGAACACCAUCGAGACGCGUUUGGAUGCCGUUGAAGAAUUGACGACAAACGAUGACAUGUUCUUUGGUCUCCAGGACAUCCUCUCCAAGUUUUUGGACGUCGGCCACUUGAUUGCUCUGCUCAUCACGAUUCCCAAGCAGCACUCCAUUACGAUUGCCGACACCAACAUUACCAAUCUCAUCCAUCUCAAGCACGUGCUUGAUCUCAUCCCGCAGCUUCGCCAAACGCUCUCGGGGGCUUCAUCCGCAUUGUUGCAAGGCUGCGCCAAAAUGCUCGAGGACGAGCGGUUUGCUCAAAUCCGUGCCAAGAUUGACGAAGCCAUCAGUGACGAUACCAAGUUCCAGAAGGGCAUCCUGCUCAUGCGAUCUCAGAAAUGCUUUGCUGUGAAACCUGGCAUCAAUGGGUUGCUCGAUGUAGCUCGCCGCACCUACACUGAGACCGUUGAAGACAUCUACAACUUGACAUCCCAGUAUGCAACCAAGUUUGUCCUGCCGCUGAAGACUGCUUUCAGUGCGAGCCGCGGGUUCUACAUCACCACUCCUGUCUCGAUGGUGCCGGGUGGACCAGCUCAAACGAGCGGUUCGGCUCGUCCGGCAAAUGCCGCUGCCGACGAUAGCGACGACGACGACGAUGAUGAUGAUGAUGCGGACGAUGAAGUCGGCAACGAAGUCAACAGCGACAAUCGCGCUCGACAGCCAGCUUCCUCCUCACGCCCAGCCCUGGGAAACUUUGGCCUUCCUAAAAUCUUUCAGCAGGUGGUGCGUUCCAAGAAGACGCUGUCGUUCACCUCUUCGGACAUGAUCAAGCUCAACAAUCGUGUCAACGAGUCGCUGCAAGAAACGUACUUGAUGUCCAACGCAGUGCUUGCAAAUGUCCUGCUUGACAUCCGUGACAUGAUCAGCAGCCUCUACAAGCUGACCGAGGUUUUGGCGAUUCUUGACAUGCUCCAGUCGUUUGCUCACCAUGCCACGCUAUCACGCCAGGCCGUUCGACCCGAGUUCACUGAUACGCUUGCCGUGAAAGCUGGUGGCCACACCAUCAUUGAGCAUCUCAACAGCGCGGACGAGGCCUCGGUUGUCACGAACGACGUGUUCAUGUCGAGCGGAUGCAACUUUCAAAUUAUCACGGGGCCAAACAUGAGCGGCAAGUCAACCUACCUUCGACAGAUCGCCAUUAUGCAGGUGGUGGCGCAGAUGGGAUGCUUGGUGCCGGCAGAGUACGCCUCGCUGCGCAUCUCAGAUCACCUGUUUUCUCGAAUUGGGAGCGAUGACCACAUCGAGUCAAACUCGUCCACCUUUAUGCUCGAGAUGCGAGAGACGGCAUACAUCCUCCAGCACGCGACAAACCGAUCGCUGAUCAUUAUCGAUGAGCUGGGUCGCGGCACGAGUGCACAAGAGGCGGUUGGCAUUUGCCACGCCAUCUGCGAGUACUUGCUUUCGCUCAAGGCAUUCACCUUCUUUGCGACUCACUUUGAAGAGCUGACACUGCUCGACUCGCUCUAUCCGAAUGUGGCCAACUUCCAUCUUGAAGUCCAGAACCUAGGCAGUGACUCGGCGCGGCCCGUGUUCACCCAUGUCAUCCGCAAGGGCCCAUCCAAGGAGACUCACUACGGCAUCAAACUCGCCGAAGUCGCUGGAUUUCCAGCUCAAGUGCUCGAGCGCGCACGGAACGCCCUCUCGGUGAUUGAGACUCAAGGUCAACCCGACGAAAGCGCGGCACCAGAGUUUGCCGUGGAUCGCGCAGUGUUUCAGCUCGCUUCCAAACUUGUUCAAGUCGCGAAAGAGUCACGAAUGGACGAGCAAAGCUUGCGCGCGUACUUGCUCACGCUGCAAGCUCAGCAUUCUUGGCUUCAAGCGUUGCUUUGAGUGAUCUGCUUGUCUGUUCUUUUGUAUUGUCUUUGUUUUGCAUGCUAAACCACCAAAUACACGAAAUUGCCUCCCA